GAUAGAUAGUUUAUCAGCACAUGUCCUCCAGAUCAUGUUAUCCGCUUACAAAUAUAGCCUGUUAGCGCACAGGCACGGCAGGCUCCGGGCAGCGCGGGCUCUUCCGGCUCCGCGGUGCUGCUCUGCGGGUGUAAACAGCGGAUUACGCGCCGACUCCGGGGAGGUGGAGGUAAUUCCAUGCUCCCAAAAUGGGACAUAAAGUGGUCGUGUUUGACAUUUCUGUCAUCAGAGCCUUGUGGGAAACUCGAGUCAGGAAGCACAAAGCUCGGCAGAAGAAGGAGGAAGAAAGGCUCGAGAAGAGUGCAUUGGAAAAGAUAAAGGAGGAGUGGAACUUCGUGGCCGAGUGCAGGAGGAAAGGCAUCCCCCAGGCCGAGUACUGCAAGAAUGGCUUCAUAGACACCAGCGUGCGGCUUCUGGAAAGGAUCGAAAAGAACACUCUCACGAGGCAGAGUUUGCUUUCCAAGGACAGCAGCAAACGGAGCAGUAGGUUUGUGUUCGAGCUCUCGGGGGAUCACUGGAAGGAGCUCCCGGAUUCGUUGAAGGAGCAGACGCACCUGAGAGAAUGGCACAUAAGCAAUACCCUGAUUCAAAUCAUUCCUACCUAUAUUGAGCUGUUUCAAGCCAUGAGAGUUCUGGAUCUGCCAAAAAACCAAAUCUCGCAUCUUCCGGCUGAAAUUGGUUGUUUGAAGAACCUUAGAGAACUCAAUGUGAGUUUCAACCAUCUGAAGAGCAUUCCCCCAGAACUGGGAGAUUGUGAAAAUCUAGAGAGACUGGAUUGUUCUGGGAAUCUAGAAUUAACUGAGCUGCCCUUUGAAUUAAGUAAUUUGAAGCAAGUUACAUUUGUAGAUAUCUCAGCAAACAAGUUUCCAAGUGUCCCGAUAUGUGUCCUGCGGAUGUCUAAUUUGCAGUGGUUGGAUAUCAGCAACAAUAACCUGAAUGACCUGCCACAAGAUAUAGACAGGCUGGAAGAACUGCAGAGCUUUCUCUUGUACAAAAACAGGCUGACCUAUCUUCCUCACUCCAUGCUUAACCUAAAGAAGCUCACCCUGUUGGUCGUCAGUGGGGACCAUCUGGUGGAGCUCCCAACUGCCCUUUGUGACUCAUCCACACCGUUAAAGUUUGUAAGCCUUAUGGACAAUCCUAUCGAUAAUACACAAUGUCAAGAUGGUGACGAAAUAAUGGAAAGUGAACAGGAUCGCCGACAUUUUGAUAAAGAAUUUAUGAAAGCCUAUAUUGAAGAUCUUAAAGAAAGAGAAUCUGUUCCCAGCUAUACCACCAAAGUAUCUUUUAGCCUUCAACUUUGAUAUCAUCCAUCAGAAGACUGCAAAAUCUCACUAUCCUGUGGAGCUUUAAAUCUUUGUGUUAGGGGUCAUGUCAUAUAGGAAUAAUGGCUUGUGCUUAAGGACAAAGUCUAGAAACCACUAUUAUAGUAGUUAAGAAAAAUGAUUUUCAAGUUUCAAAUAUAUAAAUACCUCUCUCCAUGGACUAGAGAAUUCAUAAAUUGGUUUAAAUAUUGAUAUUGACAGGUUCAUUUGCAUUCACUUGUUUCCAAACAAUGCACAUUUAAUAUAUUUUUUAAAUGUCUUAUUUUUAAAACUAUAGCUUAAAGACCAAACUCUGAAGUUGAGUGCAUUGUUUUCAGGAAUUAAGGGAUAAAGGGAUUGUGAAAAGAGCAUUUAUAUUGGACUAGUCAGAAGAGAAUUUAUUAUUUUGAAAGAGUUUUAAUUUUACUAAGAAUAAUUUUCCUUGGGCUUAUAUCAAUUGCUAUUUCCAUAUGUUUUAAAUUAUAUUUUGGCAAGUGUUGGCUCUCAGGAGAGACUUUAGGUACAAUCUGGUCCUUGAAGGUAAAAUGGCUGGAAUGUCUGCCCAUGCUUUGGGCACGAGAUGCUCAGAUGGUACGUGGGUAGCCCUAGCUGAGGAAGUGUGGGCCUGGCUGUUCAUGCCUUGAAUGGCCUGCGUGGGUGGCCAUCCUGUCCUGAGUGCCCACCUCGGGGGUCCUGGGACUGACCUCAGAGUAAAGAGCAGAAACAAUGCCCUCAGGGCCCCUUCCCUAAAGGUGGCCAUGUAGCGUAAUGGAGAGGACUAGUCUACACCAAUGAGUCCCUAGCAAGGCUUCCUUGUAGCUACCAAAGGAUGCUUCAGUCCAGAGGGCUCCCAUAGGAUGGCGUCUGACGUUGGCCAGGAUGGGAUUCAUUAUGGGGCUUUGGGCUCUUAGAUCACAUUACGUGCUUUGGAGAGAUGGUGCACAAUCUCUUAUUUUUAUACCACUGUCUUGGGCUAAAAUAAACAGGAUUGUGACUGGUGGUCUUGAAGAUAAGCUUAAACAAGGCUCCUUAAACAAGGUGACUUUGUGAGUAAGAAGGAAAAUAUGCACACAGUUACAUAUUCACAUAUGAGAGUCAACACCUCUGGGCCCUGGUGCCAUGCUGCCCCAUAGAGCCUCCUACGGCGACGGGAAUGUUCUUUGUCUGCUGUCCAGUGCGGCAACCUCCAGACACGUGGUUCUUCAGCACCUGAGCAGUGUCUGGUGUGACUGAAGAACUAAAUUUUAAAUUAAAUUUAAAUAGCCACAUUGUUCUGUCAGGCCACACUGGAGGCUGGAGUAGCCCCCAAAGUGACAGCAGGGUAAUUCCCAUUAGGGAGUGUCCCAAACUGUCCUGAGAUGGCACCUUGUCGGGGAUUCCAGAAAAAGAAGCACUAAAUGCCAGGGUGACCAGCCCAGACAUUUAUUGGGGGAACUUACCUACUGGAUGGGCUGUAGCUCCUUGUGACGGACAGUGAGACAAGGGAUGUUCUACCGAGGCACGUCCCCAGUGAGGGGGUUGGGUUAAGAGUUCAUAUGAUGGUUUGAGGAAUUUGGCUGGGGGCGGGGCUGGCUUCUGUGUUUAGCAACAUGGUUGAUCUUCCAGUGUUUCCAGCAACAGCCUAAACACCCUUAUCAGUGCCUGAGAAUGUUCAAGGCCUGGGCUUAGGUUCAAGCCUGCAGGGGAAACAUGUAGCUGGCCGGGUCCCAGAGCAGUCAAGGCCCUCUGUGUUUCUUGAUCAGCACAGAGAAAAAGCAGGGAAAACUGGGGUCCCUGCGCAUAUGUGGUCACCAUACUGGACAGCACAGUUCGGGUUUUUGGAAGUUAUUUGGGGUAGAAAUGAAGGAUGACUUUUAUUUUCUCUUGUCUGAGGAACCAGUCUGUUCUCAGGGGCAUGCAUUUUAAAAGGGUUAUUAUUGAUGCCCCAAUAUUUUGUCUUGAUGAACUUAAUGAUAGGUCUAAACAUUUUAUUCUCAACAGAUAUAAAACAGGCAGGAUGUUCUAAAACCACAUGGUAAUGCUUCAGUAGAGAAUUGCGUCAACUUAAGAUCAAACUCUGAGAAAUAGGUUAAAAGAUGAAGUGUAGGAAAAUAAGAAAUCACUUUAAUUGAACCUUAAAAAAUUAUCUUUUUCUUUUUAACACUUCAAAAGUAUAAUUCAAAUUCAUUAACUAUACGACCUGAAUGAUUUUGGAAUUUUAUUUCCUGCCAAGGUAUAUGUUAUAUAUAGCCAAAUGGAAAAUAUAUCUGAAAAAGGGGUAAGUCCACAUAAAUAGACUGUCCAUAAUUCAUGUAAAUUUUAUUAAAAUAAAAACAAUCUUUUGUGUAAAAACCUUGUCUCAGUGUCACAUAUAAAUAAAUGGAAAGAAUAUUGCAUUGAUAUAUAAUUAUUUUGUGUUACAUAAUACCCCCAAAUAUAUAUAUAAUUUGAAUGUUUGUAGAGAUACUAUUUAAUUUAUUCACAUGAAUGUAAAAAUGCAGAAAGAUUCUAAAGUAGAAUAUGCAUCUUAGUGGAAAUAUAGAGAUUUGAAAAAUUUACAUGAUGCAUAUGGACUGAUAUGUAAUUUGGAAAACAGAAUAUAUGUAUGAACAUUAAAGUAAUAUGAGUGGAAAA